CCAAAGUGCUGGGAUUACAGGCUUGAGCCACCGCGCCCGGCCGGGUCUUGACUUUUGAGUAACCGAGCUCUCCUGGUGCCCACACUCUGGCCGAGAGUGCCAAGCGGCGUUCUCCCUCCCGCCGCAGGGGGGCACUAUGGAAAGCCUGCGCAGUGAGGAAGAGCGGCUGGAGCCUGUCUUGCGCCGGGGAGGUCGACGCUCCCAGAAUGCACCUGGCAUCAACACGGCAGCGGCGGUGGCGGCGGCGGCUUCCAGCAGGCUACGGGGCGCUGUGCAGACAGGAACGCAGCCCGGGGCUCUGAGGCUUGGUCCAGGUGUUGAGGGGCGACUGGAGCCAUGGCGGAGUCGGCGCCUGCUCGGGAGAAAACGACGCUCCACACCUUUAACUUCUUCCACACUUCCUUCACAAGCAACAGAGAAAAGCUCCUGUUUUCAGACCACCGAGAUCUCACUCUGGACGGUGGUGGCUGCUAUUCAGGCUGUGGAGAAGAAGAUGGAGUCCCAGGCUGCCCGGCUACAGAGCCUGGAGGGACGCACGGGGACAGCUGAGAAGAAGCUGGCUGACUGUGAGAAGAUGGCCGUGGAGUUUGGGAACCAGUUGGAGGGCAAGUGGGCUGUGCUGGGGACCCUGCUGCAGGAGUACGGGCUGCUGCAGAGGCGGCUGGAGAACGUGGAGAACCUGCUGCGCAACAGGAACUUCUGGAUCCUGCGGCUGCCCCCGGGCAGCAAGGGGGAGUCCCCCAAGGUGUCCAGGUCACUGGAGAAUGAUGGCGUCUGUUUCACCGAGCAGGAAUGGGAGAAUCUGGAGGACUGGCAGAAGGAGCUCUACAGAAAUGUGAUGGAGAGUAACUAUGAGACACUGGUCUCUCUGAAGGUCCUUGGCCAGACAGAGGGAGAAGCGGAGUUGGGUACAGAGAUGCUGGGUGACUUGGAAGAGGAAGGUCCUGGUGGUGCCCACCCAGGUGGGGUCAUGAUCAAACAGGAGCUACAGUAUACACAGGAAGGCCCUGCGGAUCUUCCUGGAGAGUUCUCAUGCAUUGCUGAAGAGCAGGCUUUCCUGAGCCCGGAGCAGACUGAGCUCUGGGGUGGUCAGGGCAGUUCUGUCCUCCUGGAAACAGGUCCUGGGGACUCGACUCUACAGGAGCCUGUUGGUGGUAGAGAUCCUAGCAGCAGCAGAACUGUGGGCUGCCCGAAGCAGAAAUCUCAUAGGCAGGUACAGCUGGGCCAGGAAUGUGGGCAGGGCCUGACGCUGAAAAAGGACACUUCCCGCCCCUACGAAUGUUCUGAGUGUGAGAUCACCUUCCGCUAUAAGCAGCAGCUGGCCACACAUCUGAGCAGCCACUCUGGGUGGGAGUCUUGUACACCUGAGGAGCCAGAGGAGAGCCGUAGGCCCAGGCCACGGCUGAAACCGCAGACCAAAAAGGCCAAGCGACAUCAGUGUGAUGUGUGCCUGAGGAGCUUCAGCUGCAAGGUGAGCCUGGUGACCCAUCAGCGCUGCCACCUGCAGGAGGGGCCCAGUGCCAGCCAACAUGUCCAGGAGAGGUUCUCACCCAACAGCCUGGUUGCCCUGCCUGGCCACAUCCCUUGGAGGAAAAGCCGGAGUUCCCUCAUCUGUGGUUACUGUGGCAAGAGCUUCAGUCACCCAUCUGACUUGGUGCGGCACCAGCGCAUCCACACGGGCGAGCGGCCCUACAGCUGCACCGAGUGUGAGAAGAGCUUUGUCCAGAAGCAGCACCUCCUGCAGCACCAGAAGAUCCACCAACGGGAGCGGGGCGGGCUGACCCUGGAGCCCGGAAGGCCCAAUGGCCUGCUUUAAGGGUGCAGCCCCUCGCCCGUCUGGGGGGCGGAGGGGGGUGGCAUUGGUUCCCCCAAAGAGACACUGCAGUCAGGGACGGAGUUCUUCCUGAGGGCAGUUGUUUCUGAUUUGCCUUCCCUUGUCCCAGUACCAAGCCAAGCCCAAAGGCUAUCCUGAAAACCCCGUGGAAGAAGAGUCCAGGCCAGGUCUUUACCCUGCUGCCAAGUUUGCUGUUUCUUGGCACCUUCAGGUCUCUGGUUUUCUCAUUCAUGCCAAUGCUUGUGGGCUGGGGUUGGCGUUCUGACCCCACAGGGACUGGUGGCUGGUUCCAGGGCUCGUCCUGGCAUUUCAUGUCUUCCCACGGGGUUGAGUUGGGCCAUAGGGGUGAGCAGCUGCCUGGAAGAGUUCUGGGAAGUGUAACCCUCCAUUUUUUCUUGUUUUGUAAUCUCUUUGUUUAAUAACAAGUAGAAGAAAUAAUUUAAAUGAACUGCUUAACCCUACUCUGAAGAACCUUUUUUGGAAUUAGAUUUUAGUUAAUUUUUUAAAGAAUACAGCCCAAUGCUUUUUUUUUACAUUUUAAGAGUUGUAGAAGUUGUUCCUCACUUGGGGACUGGACCUGCCCUCUAGGAGGGAAUUGUUAAUGGGGCUCUUUUAGCCCACUGACGCUUACUUAGGCCAGAGAGCAGGGGACACAGUGCUAGGUUCCCUGGUGUGGUGCUUGGUGCUCUCAAAUUGUCUGAAAAGGACCAAGAGGAAAAGAGUCGGAGGGGUAGACCCUGCAGCCCCUGUUGAGAAGAAAGAUUCCAGUGAAGUUGCUGAUGGUAUGGCUGUGGUCUGGGACUUAUGGUGUCUCAGCAUACCCCUAUCCUCUUCCCACCUCCUCCUGGCUGUGUUCUGCAGCCUCCCAGAGUAGAAAACUACUUUGUUACUUAAGGUUGUUCACCUUGUACUAGUGGUUAUUUGAGUUUGUUCCUAUUACACAAAUCCUUACUUGAGGUGGUUCAGAUUACAGUUUCCAAAUGCAUUCUGAGAUUGCCUAUUCCAGAGAGGGUAGAGAAAAAGCACACAGAUGCUUGUCUUAGGAGUGUUGAAUGUGUGCCCCACUGCUGUCUGGGGGGAUGGGAGUGGGCUCUGGGGUCAUAUGUGAACAUCCCCUUGGAUGAUUUGCAGUUGCCUAGAAUAAAACUUGCUACUAGCAAAACAAAACAAAAAAAA